AUGGCGGAGCAAAACGCGAAGAUGGGAGGUCCCCCGGGAGGGAUUUUGGCGGGAUACACUGACUCGGGAUCAGGUUCGGACGGUGGUUCGGUGGGUGAGGAGAGCGCGGGCGGUGAUUGGCCGAUGCUGGACGCCAUAGAUGAGCAGAACGGCAGGAUGGGAGGCUCGGACUUUGGCUCGGACUAUGGCUCGGCCUAUGGCUCGGACAGUGGCUCGGAAGGAGGUUCGGAAGGAGAGUGGCUUAAUGGGUCGGAUGGAGGUUGGAUAGAUGGUUCGGGUGGAGAGUGGGAAGAUUUUGCGGCCUCGAAAUGGUACGACGGUUCGGAUGCAGGCUGGGAUGACGGCUCGGGUGGAGUCUGGGAUGAUGGUUCUGGAGGGGGCUGGGAUGUGUCGGAGGGAGGCUCGGAGGGAGGCUCGGAUGGUUCGGACGGAGGUUGGGAAGAUGGUACGGGCAGCGAUGGCAGCAGCACAUGGGGGGGCGAUUAUGGGAGUAACGACGCUGAGAAUGGCGGUGACGACUCGUAUUUCUCUGAACCUUCUGAUGCUGAGGACUCUCUUUACCCCACUGGCGGUGACUAUUACACUGCUGACACUGCUGACAGUGCUGACAGCACUGCAGCACUCAAGCCCAUGCUCCCCCGCGCUGCUGCUACUCGCCGUCCCCCACGUGCCGUGAUACGUCCCACGCCUGUUCCUCCGAACCGAGCUACCCGAGCCAAGCCGGUCAAGCGCCAAGCCGGGGCUCGAGGCUCGGGCUCCCAAGCCAAGCCGGUGAAGCGUCCGGGCAACUAUCACGGCGGUUCGGCCCAUGCCACACCUGGCCACCACAAUGGCAAACCCCAUCCCUCUGCCCAUGUGGCAGCAAACCAGCAUGCAGGUUCGGCCCGAGCCAAGCCCGCCCGAGCCAAGCCAGUGCAAGCCGUGGGAACAGGUGUGGUGGCGGUGCCAGUGGCGAGGGCAGCGAAGCACAGCACCCUGGUUGCCAGCACAGCGAGGCAGGGGCAUGCGCAGGGAGAGGGGGCAGGGGGGGCGUCUGGGAGCGGAGGAGGUGGAAGCUCCAGCAGCUCUGGUGGAGGGGUGAUUGCCAUUCCCGAUGAUGCCACUCCUGUCAACCCCCCUGCUGAUGGCGUCCCGAUCCCCCCGGUCCUCCCACCCACCACACCUCCUCCCACCACCACACCCCCCACCACCCCCCCCCCCACUACCACUCCCCCCACCACCCCUCCCCCCACUACCACUCCCCCCACCACCCCUCCCCCCUCCACCACUCCUCCAACCACCCCUCCCCCAACUACCACCCCUCCUCCUACCACCACUCCUCCCCCCACCACCACCCCUCCCACCAUCCCCCCCACCAUCCCACCCCCCACCAUCCCUCACCCUACCAUCCCUCCGCCCACCACGCCUCACCACCUGCGCUGCGGCGUCGCCCCAAACUCCCUCCUCUCCGCGCUCAACUGGGCGUGCGGGCCGGGCGGCGCAGACUGCUCCUCCAUCCAGCCGGGGGGUCCCUGCUUCCAGCCGGGCAACCUCGCCCUGCACGCCUCCGUCGCCUUCAACUCCAUCUUCCACUCGCACGCGCACCGCCCCGGCUCCUGCUUCUUCGGCGGCAACGCUGUGGUGGUUCCCCGCGUGCCCGACUAUGCUGCUGCUGCCUCCCCCGCCUGCACCUUCCCCUCGUCCAACGGGCAGUUUUGUGUUGCUGCCUGCCAGGAGAUCCCAGACCCCUACAAUUCCCUCCCUGACCCCUACUCUCCCCCGCAGGGCCUCGUGAACCCGGUAUACCCUGAAUACUCCCCCGAGCCGGAUUACCCUCCCAGAGGUGCGGUGGCGCCGGGUGGGGGCGCAGGGGGAAGGGCUGGGUGUGCAGCAGACAUGGGGGCGGUGCAGAGGGCGCUUGACUGGGCAUGUGGGCCGGGCGGAGUGGACUGCUCUCCCAUACUGCCGGGAGGGGCUUGCUGGCAGGGGAAUGGAGCACUGGCAAUGCAUGCAUCGCACGCCUUCAAUGCGUACUUCCAGCAGAACCACCGCCAGCCUGGCACGUGCUUCUUUGGCGGCACGGCGGUGGUGGUCCCCCGCGUGCCGGACUAUGCUGCUGGCCCACCCUCCUGCGCCUGGCCCUCCGAUAAUGGCCAGUACUACAUGGAGCUAGGUGUGGAGGUAGAUGUGGGACGUAGAUGCAUGAUGUAUCGCGCCCGCGGCGGUGACCGCGGGCGGGGACGUGGGGGGAGAUCGGGAGGCGGUGGCGGGCGGGGCAGAGGCGGAAAAGCAGGUUCUGGCGGAAGAGGUCGCGCGGGGGGAGGGGGAGGCGGGCGGAAACGAGCUCGGAACGAGUUAAUUGACGACGGGGAGCGGGAGGAGUCGUUUUUCGCGCGGGCGGAGGAGGCGGCGGAAGAUGACGCGGAACUCGGGUCGGAAGGGGAGGGGGAGGAUGCGCGCUUGGCGGAGAGCGCGGAGGCGAAGCGCCUGCGCAUUGCGCGGUCAUACCUGUCGGAAGUGAAGCGAGCAGCGGCGCUGGCCGCGAGGGAGAAGGCGGACGAAGAGGCGGAAGAGGCGGAGGAUAGAAGCGGGGAGGGGGAGAGCGAAGACGAGGAGGAGGCGGAGGAAGGGGAUGGAGAAGAGGAGGGGGAGGAGGAGGGGGGCGAGGGUUUAAGAGAGGAGCAGGACGCGUUAAUAGCUGCCCGAUUAAAGCAAGAUGCGUUAGAAGAGAGCGGCAGGGUGAUCCGGCGAAUCGCGACACGUUUCAUCUCGUCCACAUCAGCAUUGCCAGGGCAGGUAGUGGGACGCAGACAUAAGCAGUCGGUGACAGGUGUCGCGCUCUCAUUGGACGACAGAGCGGGCUACGCGGUAUCAAAGGACGGACUAAUUGUAGGCUGGGACAUCGAAUCGGGAACGAGCUUUAAGUUCCCCUGGCCCGAAAACUCAAACCCCAACUCCCGCCGGCACGUGCUGAGCGUGAGUGUGAGCGACGACGGGCGAUACCUGGCGGCGGGGGGCCUCGACCGCAUGGUGCACCUGUGGGACGCGCGCACGCGCACGCACGUCAAGUCGUUUGCCGGCCACAGGGGCGCAGUCAUGUCGCUCUCCUUCCGGCCGGCGUCGCUCGACCUUUUCUCCUCGUCCGCCGACCGCAGCAUCAAGCUGUGGAGCUGCGCUGACGUGGCGUACAUGGAUUCGCUGUUUGGCCACCAGGCGGAGAUAGUGGCGCUGCAGGCGCUCAGGCAGCCACAGAGGGUUGUGUCCGUGGCGAGGGACCGUACUUGCAGGCUUUGGAAGGUACCAGAGGAGACGCAGCUGGUGUUCAGAGCGCCCGCGCCGUCCUGUCUGGACUCGUGUGCAUUCCUCUCGCCCUCUGCCUUCAUCACGGGGGGUGACGAUGGGUCACUGUCCCUCUGGUCCGCCCUCAAGAAGAAACCCGUGCAUGUCGUGCGCGCAGCCCAUGGUACCGCUGCUGCCGCUGCUGCUGCCACCAUUGCUGCUGCUUCUGGCGCUGAUGUUGCUGCUGGUACACCUGCUGCGUCUGAUGCUGCUCAGAAUGGCUUACCAAAUGGCAUUUCAUCCCAACAACCAGCAGAUGCUGCCCCUGAAGCUGCUCCCUUUGCCACUGCUGCUCCCUUCACUGCUGCUCCAUCUGUCGCAUCGCCUGCUGCAGCACCGAGUGCAGUGCAGUCGUGGGUGGGGGCUGUGGCCGUGGCGCCCGGCUCUGAUCUGGCAGCCAGCGGGGCGGGCGACGGUGCUCUCAGGCUGUGGCAUUGCGACACGUCAGCAAACCGGCUGCGACCAGUGGGGUCACUGCCAACGGUUGGCUUCAUUAACUCCAUUGCGUUUGCACACCGAUCAGACUUCGUCAUCGCAGGCAUUGGCCAGGAGCCACGACUAGGUCGGUGGGGAAGAAAUGCAGCUGCUAGAAAUGGGGUGCCCAUGUGCUUCACGGAGCGACCCGUGGUGCAGAAGAUUAACAAGCUGUACCAGGAGAACUUUGGGUUUGAUGGGUUGGUGCACGUGACACUAUCAGGCGCCAUCCAUCACGGCAACAAGGGCGUGGAGGUGUGGCUUCAGACGUUCGCCCCGGGCUACUCCACCAACGUGCGCUCGCAGGAACAGGACACAGUGGUGGUGAUAUUAAAGGGCGAGGGCGCGCUGCGCUUCCGUCCCAAUGCCACGGACCAGGUGUCGCCCGCACCCUUCGCCUCCACGCCCUUCCACCCCAACUCAACUGUCAUCAUUCCGCGCAACACCGUUCACCAGCUGGUGAACAGCGGCAAGAAGCGGCUGCAGUUCCUACACAUAUUCGGCAAGCCGCCCAUCAAGUUCAGGGAGUUCACAUCAUGGGAGGAGGCUCAAGGCAAAAAGGUGUUCCCUGGUCCCUUCGACCGCAAGUGCCUUCCGGGCAGCUUCUUUGGCGGGCACAGGGCCCCACCCAGCCGGGACGUUUGA